CAUGCCUGUCCAGGUGCCACACAGAUGAUCGGGCGCCGACUUCGUCUCGGUGUUGGUGCCCGCUACCUCACCACGGCAGCCGUCCGGCGUGGGGACCUCGCCGGCGCCGCGGAGGCCUUCGCGUCCGCGCCCCGCAAGACCACGGCCGACUACAACCGCCUCCUCGCGGGCUACGCGAGGUCGCCCGGCGCCCGCCUCGCGGACGCGCGCCACCUGUUCGGCCGAAUCCCGCACCCUGACGUCGUCUCCUACAACACGCUCCUCUCCUGCCACUUCGCCGGCGGAGACGUCCGCGGCGCCCGGGAGCUCUUCUCCGCGAUGCCGGACAGGGACGUCGCGUCCUGGAACACCAUGGUGUCCGGGCUGUCCAGGAACGGGGCCGUGGGGGAGGCCAGGGCCUUGUUCCUGGCCAUGCCCGCGAGGAACUCCGUCUCCUGGAACGCCAUGGUUUCCGGGUUUGCCUCCGCUGGAGACAUGGGCAUGGCCGAGGAGUGCUUUAGGGACGCGCCCGACAAGGAGGACGCCGUUCUUUGGACAGCCAUGGUGUCAGGGUACAUGGAUGCUGGCGAUGUGGACAAGGCAACGGAGUUGUUCCAGGAAAUGCCGGUGAGGAACUUGGUCUCAUGGAACGCCAUGGUUGCGGGCUAUGUCAAAAAUUCACGCACGGAUGAUGCUUUGAUGGUGUUCAAGACGAUAGUCAGGGAUGCUGAUGUUCGGCCAAACGAGUCGACAUUAAGUAGCGUGCUCCUUGGAUGCAGCAACCUGUCUGCGCUGGGAUUUGGGAGGCAGGUACAUCAGUGGUGCAUCAAGCUGCCGCUGAGUCGGAGAAUAACUGUUGGUACGUCGCUCGUGAGCAUGUACUGCAAGUGCGGCGACUUGGAGGGCGCGUGCAAGCUGUUCAGUGAGAUGCGUACAAGGGAUGUGGUUGCAUGGAAUGCUAUGAUUUCAGGCUAUGCACAGCAUGGCCACGGGCAGGAAGCUAUCAACUUGUUUGAAAAGAUGAAGGCUCAAGGUGUUAAGCCUAACUGGAUUACUUUUGUGGCAGUAUUGACUGCUUGUAUCCACACUGGAUUUUGCGAUUUUGGAAUACAGUGUUUUGAGACAAUGCAGGAAAUCUACGGAGUCGAGCCCCGGGCUGAUCAUUACUCUUGCAUGGUGGAUCUUCUGUGCCGAGCUGGUUUGCUUGAAAGAGCUGUGUGCUUGCUUCGCUCUAUGCCUUUUGAGCCACAUCCUUCUGCCUACGGCACUCUAUUGGCUGCUUGUAGAGUUUACAAGAACUUGGAGUUUGCUGAGUUUGCUGCUGGAAAGCUGAUCCAACAGAACUCACACAACGCAGGCGCCUAUGUACAGUUGGCAAAUAUUUAUGCUGCAGCAAAUCAGUGGGCCGAGGUCUCCAGAGUAAGGAGGUGGAUGAAGGAUAAUGCAGUUGUCAAAACACCUGGGUAUAGCUGGGUUGAGAUAAAGGGUGUGGUUCAUGAGUUCAGAUCAAAUGACAGAUUACAUCCUCAGCUUCGUUUGAUUCAUGAAAGAUUGGACUGGUUGGAAGAGCGGAUGAAGGCAAUGGGUUAUGCUCCAGAUCUUGAUUUUGUACUGCAUGAUGUAGACGAAAGUCUUAAGGUGCAGAUGCUAAUGAGGCACAGUGAGAAGCUCGCUAUUGCUUUUGGCCUCAUUAGUACUGCACCUGGGUUAACCUUGAGGAUAUUCAAGAAUCUCAGGGUCUGUGGAGAUUGCCAUAAUGCUGCGAAGCUCAUCUCCAAGAUCGAGGAUCGAGAAAUCAUCCUGAGGGAUACAACACGUUUCCAUCACUUUAAAGGUGGGCAUUGUUCAUGUGGGGAUUACUGGUGAAGAAAGACAGUAACAAGGUAAAUUUAAUAGGGAUGCAACAGUAGUUGAUCCUUAACAAGAGCAAGACAUGUGAUGCAUUGGAUCUGUGAAGUAGUCAACAUCCUAACAUGUGAGAAUUUACCAUAGUGGUUUCUUAGUGUUGUUGCUUGGACAACAUGUUGUGCCCUGUGAGGUUAGGCAAAACUUUAGAACCUAUUGCGGCACUUGACACAGAAAUUGUUGAUUGAUGUGGCAUGAGUGCAAAAUCAAGAAGCAAGGUGUAUGGAAGGACUGAUGAAGCGCAUUUGAUUUAUAAUUCA